CUGUCCCAGGAGCAAGGAAAUGCUCAAUCCAGCUCUGCGUGUGCUGUAUUUGUCACUGUUGAAAAUCUGCUCUGAGUGCAGAUACCUGAGAGAAGGUGUCCAUAGGUGAGAGGUUACUGUCUGCACCCUCAAAAACAAUGCAUCCAGAUCCAGUGAGCAGCUCCCUCAGUAGUACCAGCAUAACACGGCCUCAUUCUGCUGAUGUCCCUGAUCCAACCCUGUGAUAUACACCACAAGGCGUGUUCAGUGUGUGAUGCCCUGUCUUUAGCAAAGGAUGGAAGCCACAGCCAGCUCCAGGCAGUUUUGCCUGGGAAUGGAUAAUUUCCCCUCAUUGUCUGUUAAAACAGAUUUCAACCAUUAAAAAAAAAGGGGGGAAAGAGGCAAUAAACAGUCUCCAAAUGACCUCACAAACAAGAUCAAGUAAGUCAGAGGAAUCUGUAAUUUUGAUGUUGAAGGAAGUGCCUUUUCCUGGGUUUAUUUCUCCUGUAAAGAGUGAAGUUGUUUCCAAACAGAACAGGGCCAGCUUUCCUGGAGAGUGGAAUGUGUGGUGCCAGUACCUGUGCAGAAGGCAACAGGGAAAGGCAGAAGGUAGCCAAAGCAUCUGGGAAGAAAGGGUUGGAUCCAGCCCCACUGCAAAAGAGGCAGAAGUGAGUGGGUCCAGAGCCCAAAGACGUCACUCCCGAUUUCCUUGGGCUUCAUUACUGGAAGAGCAGAGCAUGGCAAUGACAGAAAGCCAAACUCAGGAGACAGAGAAGCUCUGACAGGGAGAGCAUCAGGGCUUGAGAAACCAUUGUGUGUUGGAAAUUGUUUGCAUUAUUAUUGAUAUUAUUAUUGAUAUUAUUACUGAUAUUACUAUUGAUUUUUUUUUCUUCUCUCAUUCCCAUGUGGGUGGAGAGCUCAGGGAGCUGUAUUUAACAUUUCAUAAUCCGUGUGACUUGAUUAAUUUGGCCGUAUGGUCAAACCUCAUUAAAUUGGCUGAUUUUGCUGAGGUUUAUAAUAGAUUAUAUCCAUCUCCUACCAUCAGUUUUGCAAAUAACCACUCUUUGGCUUCUUAAAGUGUUACAGAUAGAGAACAGGCUGUGCACUGCCAAGGAAAAGUCAUAUUUAAAAGAGAUAAUAUGUCUUCUGUGUGAGCUCAAAUGAGGAAAUGGAUGUUUGUGAAGCUCUUUAAAGCAUGGUUAUGUCAAGAGCAAGAUCACUUUUGUUUUUCAUUUGUAUGCAAGGUGAACAAAGGACGAGACUCUUUUAUUCUCCUCUUCUGAACUCUUACAAUCUUCCACCAUAGAAAUUGGUGAUAAUUGCUGCAAAAUGUCCCAACUGGGUCAAGGUGUAAUUUUGAAUCUUGAGUAUCUUUCACUCUAUGAGCAAUUUGAAUGAUUUGACUUUAACACCUUGGCAACCCAUCAGUGGAACAAACAGAAAUCUGGCGAGCAGAUGCUAGUGCAGAGCAGCAUCGAUCCAGGCUGUGGGAAAGGCCAGCUGCUGCCUUCCCUCACACCCAAGGGCCUUUUCCAUUGAUUCACCUCUGUUUUAGGUAAUUGGCUUUUGCACAUCAGACUGAGAAGUGCUCUACAAACUGCUCCUUUUCAUCCCCUACUUCUUCUUUCUGGGAGAUUUUCUUAGGUUUGAAGAAAGAAAGGGUGAGUUUUGAGUUGCAGGGUGAAGAUGAACUUUGUUGCAGGGUGAGGGUCCUCAGACUGCACUGGUACAUAGGAGUGGGACAGGCUCAGCAGCCUGGUGACCCUGCUUCUGGCACCAGCUGCAGCCCUGGGACUGAGACGGUGCGCUGUGUAGUGGGUUGAGAUUUCCUGUUGUAUGUAUGCAGUCCCUCGAGUCCCUGCUCACAACUACUGCUCUGACAACCACCUCCCCAGGACAGAGGAAACGCCUGUUUAAUUACUGCGGCUUUGAUUUUGACAGCACAGAUUUCCCUUGCUGCCUUCUAACCUUCACGGUUUCUUGCCAGCAAAGAUAAGGUCCCUUUGCAGAGGCUGUUUGCUCCUGUUUGCCUCCCACACCAGAUAAAAGCAGGGAGAGGAGCAGAGAGCAAUGCCUGCCACAGCCAUGGGACCUUUUGCCUGAAAGCCCUGAGGAUUCCAAAACCAGGAAUUAACCCUGCAGCAACACCUCCUUAAUUGUGUAUAAAUGGGGCUGGAAAGAUGGGGGGCUGUGAUUUGGGAUAUCCUUGGCAAAACCAGCCAGCCCUUUGUUUUUUGAGGCAGGGAAGUUUUCAGCAGGUAAGGGUGGAGCCUGCCCACAGCACCUAGAGCAGGAUCCUGCCUGCAGGAUGUAGAAUUGGGUCAUCAUGGAGCAGGCUGGCACAGGCUGAUCCAGAGCAUUCCCCCUUACCAACAUCAGCAAAUGCUUUGGGUUUGUCUGUGGGAGAGAUUUGGAGGAAACUCAUCAUCCAGGUGGUCAUUCCGAUCAAGUUUUGCCUGCAGCUCAUUUGGCACCACUAGCAGCAAAUGUUUUGUCACCAUGUUGCAAUACCAGUUUGGACUGUUUUCUGCUCUCUGUUUAAUGCCAGCUGUGGUUUCAUUAGCAUUACUGGCAAAACCCAGUGGUACUUUGGAAUAUGUCCUAAUUUCCCAUCUUACUAUAGAGCAGAAGGCUUGCCCAUGCUCCUUGCACCACACACAUGAAAAAGCAGCAAAUCCAGAGUGAUCCCACAGCAGGUGGAUGCACUUGCCUCCCAUUUGCAGUGCUGCAGAGCUGUCUCAGUAGCUCCUUUUACAUCUGUCCCUUACCUGAGCCCAAGACAGAGCACUGGGGUCUAGGGGAAGGGUUGGUGGAAGCAGGGGCUCAGGGAACAGGCUCUCCACAUCUCUCCCUUUCCACUGAGCAAUGCAAAAAUUAUCAGUUUAAGGUGGUCUUGGCUCAGUAAUGGAGAAGCAAAAAGGUUGUUUAUGAUGGUAAUUGGGCUGAUCCAAUUUGGUAGCUUGAUUGAGCAAGCUCUUUGACAACAGCUAAUUUAGUCACAUGCGUAAAACUUAAGCACCUGCUUAUUCCCAUUGACCUCACUGGGGUUCAGACACGAAUGUAGCAGGACCAAGAAAGAGGAAAAUAACCCAAGAAAACACAGCACAGACUUCCAUCUCCAGGACUGGCUGACAAAAUUUGGGUAUCUGCCUCCUCCGGACCCUGUCACGGGGCAGCUGCAGACGCAGGAGGAGCUCACCAAGGCCAUCACUGCCAUGCAGAGGUUCGGGGGGCUUGAGGCCACAGGAGUCCUAGAUGAAGCCACCCUGGAGCUGAUGAAGACCCCUCGUUGUUCUCUGCCUGACCUCACCAUUGAAGAGACCAGGAGGAGGCGAUUUGCCCAGGCUGUCACCAAGUGGAGCAAAAGGAACUUGUCUUGGAGAGUUCGCACCUUCCCGAAAGAGUCCCACCUGGGCCACGACACUGUCCGAGCCCUGAUGUACUAUGCCCUGAAGGUCUGGAGUGACAUCACUCCGCUGAAUUUCCAUGAAGUGGCCGGAAACAGUGCUGACAUCCAGAUAGACUUCUCCAAGGCAGAUCACAAUGAUGGCUAUCCCUUUGACGGGCCUGGUGGGACGGUGGCACAUGCUUUCUUCCCCGGAGACCAUCACACAGCAGGGGACACUCAUUUUGACGAUGACGAAUAUUGGACCUUCCGAUCAUCAGACACUCAUGGGAUGGACCUAUUUGCUGUAGCUGUCCACGAGUUUGGCCAUGCCAUCGGCUUGACCCACAUCUCUGCCAUAGAAUCUAUCAUGAGACCGUACUACCAAGGUCCAGUGGGGGAUCCUCUCAAGUACGACCUGCCUUACGAGGACAAAGUCCGGAUCUGGCAGCUCUAUGGAGUCAGGGAAUCUGUGUCCCCCACAGCCAAGCCUGAAGUAAGCAAAACAGAUGACCAUCCAAUCCUGCCAGAGCUGCCAGAGAACCGCUCCAGUGUCCCGCUCAGGCGGGACGUGCCCAACAGGUGUAACACGCACUUCGAUGCGGUGGCCCAGAUCCGGGGAGAGGCUUUCUUCUUCAAAGGCAAGUACUUCUGGAGACUGACUCGCAAUAAGCACUUGGUCUCCCUCCAGCCGGCUCAGAUUCAUCGUUUCUGGCGGGGCUUGCCUCUCAACCUGGACAGCCUAGACGCAGUCUACGAGAGAACCAGCGACCACAAGAUCGUCUUCUUCAAAGGAGACAGAUACUGGGUCUUCAAAGACAACAAUGUGGAGGAAGGGUACCCACGGCCCAUUUCGGACUUUGGCCUGCCCCUGGGAGGAAUCGACGCUGCUUUCUCCUGGGCUCACAAUGACAAGACUUACUUCUUUAAGGACAAUCUCUACUGGUGCUACGAUGACCACGAGCGGAGGAUGGAUCCCGGCUAUCCUUCAGAGGCCAUCCCGUGGAAGGGAAUACCCAGCCCUUUAGAUGAUGCCAUGAGGUGGUCAGAUGGUGCAAGUUACUUCUUCAAGGGCAAGGAGUACUGGAAGGUGCUGGACAGUGAGCUGGAGGUGCAGCCAGGAUACCCACAGUCCAUCGCCAGGGACUGGCUGGUGUGCAGUGACAUGCCGGCCGAUGCCCCCGAGGCAGCCGGGAGCAGCAGGACUGGGGCGCGCUCCAGGCCGGGACAGCACGACGAGAGCCGCUCGAAGAACGGUUAUGAGGUCUGCUCCUGCACCUCGGGCACCCCAUCCCUACGCCCUCACCCCAUACCCGGACCGACCGCCAGCCUCGUGCUGGCUGUGUGGACAGCAGCACUGGUCUGUGUGGCCCUCUGACAGCUCAUUUCACCAGCAGGACAACACCACGGUGCUCCGGGAUACAGCUCCGUGAUUGCUAACUGUUGCAAGCAGAAAAAAAACAUUCCUAGGAACAUGACAGUGAAGGGUUUGAAUUCUCCAUGAGAAUUGAAUGGUGAUUUUGUUUUGGGGUUUUCUUGCUUCUUAAUUUUAGUUUAAAGGUCUAAUAACAGAGGUGAGUUCUGCAUCUUCUUAUUCCCCCGUCCAGUUAAAGAGGAGAGCAACCUCAUGUUGAAUUUAGAAAUGCUUCAUAGAGAUGUGUUGCUCUGGAUGUUUGAACACGGCAAACGAGGGAGGGGAGAGCUCGCGGAAUGGAGCGGGGACAGAAGAGAUGCCGCUGAGAUAGAUGGCGACAGAAAGGGAGAAGGCAGGAGGUAGUAGUUACGUGCUGACACAGUGUACACAUCCCAUUGGAUGUACUAGGUAGAAGAAACUGUGACUCCACUAAGAUUAACUGCAAGGUGAUCAUUAUUUACUGUCAAGCCUGCUGUAGUCACUGAUGUCUGGGUAACCUUUAUCAGUUUCUAUGGGUCAGAAACACCUUUGCCUUUCAGAAGGCGCUGCAGCUUAUCUUUGUAUACGAGUCAUUGUAAUUUAACAAUUUCUCUAAUAAACCUUGGAGAUGGAUGGAUCUAUAUGGAUUACAUGGAUGGAGAUGGAUUACAUGGGGAUGUCCCAGUCCUCUGCCAGAUCAAGCCUGAUAACUGCAGCAAGGUACUGUCUGCUGAGGCUCUUAGCAGCCUCACCUCUGGAUGAGGGCAGUGCUGCCAAAUGAGAUGCAGUUGCAACCACUGCCCUAGACUGAUCUGUACACACAAACUCUUGGUCUCACAGAAUUCCUGUGUCGGGUUGGCUUAUGUUUUGAGAGGAAUCAAGGUGUAUUGCAUUUGUUUCUGACUCUGCUAUACCUGACUGUGCUGCACAGGAUGGGCUGGAGCAGGGAAGAUGUUGUGCGGUCAGCUCAAAUUCCUUUUGAUGCCUCUGACAGGAGUUUGGGGUGGCAGAAGCCAAGGUCAAACGCUGCAUUAGGAUGCUCCUGUUUGGGUUUAUUCCUCACCGUUUAUCAGUUUUCUGUGGUAUGAUUUGGGCAUCUGAGAGUCCUUGAAAAUAGUGAGUGAAAACUUGGAUGAUGUCAAAGAAGCCAGGGUCCUCGAGUCUGCUGUUGUCACGGGUGGAGGCUGCUGUCUUCUUCUCUACCCUGCUUCUGCAAAGCUUCUGCACAAAUGUCUUUUGCUGCCCUGCCGAGGCCAGCUUCUCGGGGAGAUAUGGAGCAGACAGUGUCACUGCAUGAUCCAAGGCUGCUCCGGUGGCCCUGGUACCAGGUGUAACACAAAGCCCUCUGUGGCACAGCAGGAAAGGCAGAAAAAGUGCACAGUUGCAUCCUGACAGAAAAAGGGGGUCACCUUGAGUUUCCCUCUGCUAUUUGCACUUUUGAUAAGUCCCAAGCACUCACAGGCGUGCUGCAACGUGAUUUAAUGGGUCAUGAGUUAACAAAACAUCCCAUUAAAUCACUAAAUAGCCUUAAAAAAUAUACAAGCAAAAAAAUCUCAGGCAUAGCAGCUCCCUCUGCUGAGUGAAGCUGCCUCUGUUGUUCAGAGCAGCUUCCCAUCCCACCUCUGCCAGUCAGGCCAAGCAGAGGCUGCUGGGGCUGUGGUAGAUGUGAAGUUCCUUUGAUUGAUUCCCAUUGUAUUUCUUUCUCUUCAGUCAAGAAGACACAUCUUUUAGUCCUUUAGUCUAAACAUCAGCAUGUUACAGAUUCCUCUUGGAGCUGCAGCCAGGUAGCAGAAGAUACCCUCUCUCCAGUCCUGGAGUACUUCAUUUUUCUUCUGUUGAGCUUGGAAGAGACACGCCGGAUAUGAAAUUGCACGGAAGCUGCACUUGCAGUAGCAGCUGGAACAAAAAGCAGCGGAAGCUGCUCAUUGUCUGCUUGUUCCCCAUGUUUACCUCAAUCCUCUGGAGCUCCAGGUCCCCAGACAUCAUCAGAAGCAGACAUGCUUCUCUAACGUUUUUGCUGAAGGGUUUCUAAAUGUGGUGGUGGGCUUUGUUGCAGCUGGAAUUUGUAUCUCUUUCAGGAAGUGUUCUCAUAGUACAUCCUGCAAUUUAAUAGCUCCCAUACCAGGUUAAUUGUAGUGGAAGAAGUUAAAUGAAAUCAGGACACUGAACUAGGAUGCCCCCAAUCCCUGCCAAUCACAGUUUAUCAAAUAAAAAAUCUACAGGUUACAACAAUGUUAAAAACCCAGCUUACAAAUAUACUAAACCCUCAGCCAAAAAAAAAAUACUAAAAACUUGGCCUACAAAAAUACCAAACAAACCAGCCUAUAAAAAACUACAUUUCAAAAUACCAUAACAACCUAGUUUCAAAAUAAUAGCAAACCCAAUUUCAAGAUACCAAACAAAACCAACUUUCAAAAUCUCAGAUUUUAAAUACCAGAAUUUUAACCUAACCUAAGUUCCAAAAUACCAAAGUGACUUAGUUUCAAAAUACCAGAAAAACAAGUUCAGAUAUUCCAAAAUAAUCCCGUACCAAAAUAUCAGAAAACCAAGUUAUAAAAUAGUUUCACUUUAAAAUACCAGAAUAUCAAUUUUCAAAAGAUCAAAAUUACCCCAUAUCAAAAUAUCAAACUGCAGAAUACCAAUUUUCACAUCUCUUAUAUGGGCAGGAUUCCCAAUACCAAAAUAAUUCUUAUUUUCAUUUAUAAUGUAGAUAGCCUUAAUUAGGGACCCUACUGAGACUUACGCCAUUCCGAUCAUUACUAUUCUUCUCUACCCUACUUAGUCACAUGUGGUGUACUACUUAGUAAACACUAAGGAAUAAUUAUUUAAGUCAACAAUAAAGUAUCCAACUUAUCUAGCUAUGCUGCCAAAACACAAAAUUUUAUUCCUUACCAGUUUUCUGCCCUUUUGCUCUAAGUAGUUGUAGCAAAAAAGAAAAACUUGUCCUUUCCCUGAAGAGUUUUCUCCUAUUUCAAGCCCUUUACUCCCCUUGCAUUCAAGGCAGAGGAGCCAAACAGCUGCAGCUGCUCUGAGGGCUUUUAUACCUGGUGGGAUUUGCCCCCCUCCCUUUUCCUGGGUGCCAUGGGAAUGAGAGGCGGGCACCAUCAGGGGUAUAUUAACCCCAGCUUUUGCAGAGGGGCUUCAUUCCCUCUCUGGGAUCUGCUGGGAUAAGAUGUCUCCUCUCAUUUCAGUGAAGAGGCUCUUUCAGCUUAUUGUAGCUUGUUUUCAGCAGGUGCUUUUGGGCAUCUGAAGUCAUAGAGGCUUUGAAGAUGCUGUGAAGAAAACAGCCUUAAAUGCAGGGAGUAGGUUUGUUCUUGGU